UUCACAUGUAAGCAAACCUUGGCAUGCAGCAACAGGCAGCGGCGGCGGCCCCACCCCAUCGGUACACGGCGGCGGCGAUCGCAGCGCUGUACACGGACGUGUCCAAGCACUUGAAGGAUCUCAAUGCGCAUUCGAAUGUCGCGGUCCGCGCGGUGACGUUGCCGUCGGACGACGACAUUGCGGCGCUGGUCGAGUCGCGCGCGACGUUCUUCCCAGAAAAGUACCCCGUGGCCGCCGUCGACACGAGCAACGCUGCGAAUCUCCGGACGCGGGACGACGUGGCCCGGCCGGGCGGCGGCAAGCGGGCGAAUGGCGCGCAUGUGUUGGUGGCCGGCAAGCAGCGCGCGGUGCCUGCCGCGGACCUCCCCACGUCUGUUCAUAACGACCUCGUCCACGUAAUAGUAGCAUUAAGCAGUGGAUAUGUGCAUGUAUGUAUGCUAUAGGAUCAAGGGGUUCCUUCGAAAGCACAGCAUUGAGAUGGCCAACACCAGACUGGGGCUGCAACAGUCCAGCAAUGCCAAAAAAGAUGCGCGAAGCCAAAGCGUAGUCGCACGCAAACGACGGCAAGCCAUGAUCGCUACGGCCACGGAGGCCGAGACGCGGAAGAAGGUGGUGGGGAAGCAGGCGCUGAUUUCCGAGCUGAUGCGGUCGACCAAGUUCAACAUGCACGACAUCUUUCAAAUGAGCUGCCAGUUUAAAGAACUCGCGCGGAAAAACGGCACCAUCUCCUGUGACCACUUUGCCACGAUCAUUGGGAGUCAUUUGGGGAAACUGGUUGGGAGUGUGACCCGCACGCCUAUCACGGACGAAGACUCGGCGAUGGCGGGAGUGUCGUCGAUUGGUGAGACGAUUUCCGCGUCCAACGCGCUCGUGCAGCGGCUCUACGGAGUCUUUGACCAAGACUUGAAUGGCAGUAUCGAUUUUCGAGAGUUUAUCAUUGGCAUCAACAGCCUCGUCCAGGGCACGUUGGAGCAAAAACUAGACUCGCUCUUCAAAAUGUACGACAAAGAUGGAAGCGGCACGAUUUCGAUUUCCGAGCUCGUGUUGAUUCUCAAUGGUGGCCAAGAAAAGAUGUCCCAGUUGGCCAUUUACAUUGACGAUUACUUUGCCCAUGUUGACACGAACGGCGAUGACGUGAUCUCCGAAGAAGAGUUCGUCCAAGCGGCGUCCGUGGAGCCCCUCGUGCUUGAAGCCUUGAGUAAACCGCUGUCAUUCAACCGCCACACCAGCUUUGAAUUGCGCCAAAGUCUGCGGUGCAUCACCGAGCGCUUAAAACUCGACUGGAGCGUCAUGUUGUCCAUCUUAGACGACGUGAAUGAAGCUACAAAGCCCGACCGAGAAGCCGCGGCCCAGGAACGCAUGGGACUGGUCAAGACCAACCAAUCCGAGCCCCCCGCCUACGAAGCCCCUCCCGCCCCCCUCACGAGUGCGCAGUUCCACAACAUCAUGUUCCAGUACCUCCACGACCCGCAAGCCGACGACGGGCACACGCUGCAAGAUCUGUUUAAGUCGUACGUGCCAUCGCAGGCCCCCGCCGACCCGAAAAAUCGAGGCAAAGCCAACUGCAGAGACUUUGUCCGCGACUUGGCGGGCAUGUUGAGGAUGCUCGUGGUGGACACGACCCACGACGACGCGUGUUCGCGGUUUUACUUUCGGUUCUUUGACUACGACUGCGAUAUGCAAAUCACGCGCGAACAGCUCAGUAGUGUCGUGUGCUCGAGUUUUGGUACGAUGGGCAAUGAACUGCUGGAAACGAUGAAGUUGCUCCAAGGCAUCGACGCCAACGGCGACGGCGAGUUGACAAAGGAAGAGUAUUUGGAAGCAGCCAAGAAGAACCCGCUCUUGCUGGCGUCCAUUUACAUUUGCAUUUAAUACCGUUCACUUUAGUACAUUGUGCAAAUCAAUUAAAAAAAUUUGGACUAGUUAUUUCGCCAA